GGCUUUUUUUUUUCCCACUUGAAUUGGAAUAUCUUUGAAUGAAAAUUUCGAAUUGAGCUUUGAAAUGGUUUGGUUGGACGUAGAGUUGAAUUGGGUUUUCGUUGUUGAAUAAGUUGGAGUAGUGUUGGAUGAGGAAAACCUGUGUAGCCGGGGCAUCACACUUGUUAGAAAUGGGCAUGCCAGAGAAUGUUGUUGUUGGUUCUCACAUUUGGGUUGAAGAUCAAGAAUUAGUUUGGAUUGAUGGACAAGUGAUUGAUAUUAAUGGAGAGGAGGCUGAGAUUCAAACUAGUAACGGGGAGACGGUUGUUGCAAAUUUGUCAAAAUUGCAUCCCAAGGAUAUGGAAAGUCCUGAAUCUGGGGUUGAUGACAUGACUAAGCUGGCAUAUUUGCAUGAACCUGGACUGCUGCAUAAUUUGGCAACUAGAUUUGAGAUCAAUGAAAUUUAUACUUAUACUGGAAACGUUCUUAUUGCUAUCAAUCCAUUCCAAAGACUCUCACAUUUGUAUGAUGCUUACGUGAUGAAACAUUACAAGGGAGUGCCAAUUGGAGAACUCAGCCCUCAUGUUUUUGCAAUUGCUGAUGUUGCAUAUAGGGCAAUGAUUAAUGAGGGAAAAAGCAACUCUAUUCUGGUUAGCGGUGAAAGUGGCGCUGGUAAGACGGAAACAACCAAAAUGCUUAUGUGUUACCUUGCCUAUUUAGGUGGCCAUGCUGCAGCUGGACGGCGGACUGUUGAACAACAAGUUUUAGAAUCAAACCCAGUUCUGGAAGCAUUUGGCAAUGCAAAAACUGUUCGAAAUAACAAUUCCAGUCGUUUCGGAAAAUUUGUUGAGAUUCAAUUUGAUAAGAAAGGAAGAAUAUCAGGGGCAGCCAUUAGAACUUAUCUUCUCGAAAGAUCUCGUGUUUGCCAAAUUUCAGAUCCUGAGCGCAACUACCAUUGUUUCUACCUUCUCUGUGCAGCUCCCCCUGAGGAGAAAGAGAGAUACAAGUUGGGAAAUCCAAAAUCAUUUCACUAUCUUAAUCAAUCAAAUUGCUAUGAACUGGUUGGUGUAAGUGAUGCUCAUGAUUAUCUUGCUACUAGGAGAGCCAUGGAUAUUGUUGGAAUAAGUCAAAAAGAGCAGGAUGCAAUUUUCAGAGUAGUGGCAGCAAUUCUUCAUCUUGGCAACAUAGAUUUUGUAAAGGGGGAAGAAAGUGAUUCAGCAAUUGUAGAAGAUGAAGAAUCCAAAUUUCAUCUUCAAAUGACGGCAGAUCUUCUCAUGUGUGAUCCUCAUGCAUUAGAAGAUGCACUGUGUAAGCGUGUAAUGAUUACCCCAGAAGAAAUUAUCGAGAGAACCCUUGAUCCUCAUGGCGCUACAAUUAGGAGGGAUGGUUUAGCCAGGACAAUAUAUUGUCACUUGUUUGAGUGGUUAGUGGAUAAAAUCAAUGACUCAAUCGGGCAAGAUCCUGCCUCAAAAUGUCUGAUCGGGGUCCUUGACAUUUAUGGUUUUGAAAGCUUCAAAACUAAUAGUUUUGAGCAGUUUUGUAUUAAUUUUACAAAUGAAAAGCUGCAACAACAUUUCAACCAGCAUGUGUUCAAGAUGGAGCAAGAGGAAUACACCAAGGAGGAAAUUGAUUGGAGCUACAUAGAAUUUGUUGAUAACCAAGAUAUCCUGGAUCUUAUUGAAAAGAAACCAGGGGGGAUCAUUUCCUUGCUGGAUGAAGCUUGUAUGUUUCCCAAGGCAACUCAUGAAACAUUUUCACAAAAGCUUUAUCAGACAUUCAAAGAUCACAGACGCUUCAUCAAGCCAAAAUUGGCGCGCUCGGAUUUUAUCAUUGUUCAUUAUGCAGGAGAAGUUCAAUAUCAGUCCGAUCAAUUUUUAGACAAAAAUAAAGAUUAUGUUGUUGUUGAACAUCAAAAUUUGUUGAGUUCUUCCAGUUGUUCAUUUGUAGCGGGCCUUUUCCCUUCACUUUCUGAUGAGAUGGCCAAAUCCUCCAAGUUCUCAUCUAUUGGUGCUCGUUUUAAGCUACAGUUGCAGCAAUUGAUGGAAACACUAAAUUCCACAGAGCCCCACUACAUUAGAUGUGUGAAGCCAAAUAAUUUUUUAAAACCUUCAAUAUUUGAGAAUAACAACGUCAUGCAACAGUUACGUUCUGGUGGGGUUCUAGAAGCAGUCAGAAUCAAAUGCACUGGAUACCCUACUUGCAGGACCUUUUUUGAAUUUUUAACUCGAUUUGGUAUCCUUGCACCAGAGGCUUUGGAAGGCAAGGGCAGCUAUGAAGAAGAGGUAGCAUGCAAAAAGAUUCUGGAGAAGAUGGGCCUUACAGGCUAUCAGAUUGGGAAAGCAAAGAUUUUCCUAAAAGCUGGUCAGAUGGCUGAGUUAGAUGCACGGAGAGCAGGCAUACUUGGCAUCUCAGCCAAGGUCAUUCAAAAGCAGAUUAGAACUCAUAUUACUCGUAAAAACUUUGUUAGUGUGCGGAAGGCAUCUAUUCGUAUACAAUCCUUUUGGAGAGGAGAACUGGCUCGCAAAUUAUAUGAAUUUCUGAAAAGGAAUGCAGCUGCUAUCAAAAUUCAGAGGGAUUUGCGUAGAUUCUUGGCCAGAAAUGACUACAUCAGAACUAAGUUUUCUACACUAAUCUUGCAGACAGGUUUACGGGCUAUGGUUGCUCGUAAUGAAUUCAGGUACAGGGAGUGUACGAAGGCUGCAACUAUCAUUCAGACAGGUUUACGGGCUAUGGUUGCUCGUAAUGAAUUCAGGUACAGGGAGUGUACGAAGGCUGCAACUAUCAUUCAGACAGGUUUACGGGCUAUGGUUGCUCGUAAUGAAUUCAGGUACAGGGAGUGUACCAAGGCUGCAACUAUCAUUCAGACAGGUUUACGGGCUAUGGUUGCUCGUAAUGAAUUCAGAUACAGGGAGUGUACCAAGGCUGCAACUAUCAUUCAGACAGGUUUACGGGCUAUGGUUGCUCGUAAUGAAUUCAGAUACAGGGAGUGUACCAAGGCUGCAACUAUCAUUCAGGCCAGUUGGCGCUGCCACAGAGCCUUUUCAGAUUAUAAGAAGCUUAAGAAAGCAUCAACUAUUUCGCUAAGCAGAUGGAAAGGGAGAGCUGUCAGCAGAGAGCUUAGGAAACAAAAGAAGAUGGUUGCCCGAGAAGUGACUGACAAAGCUUUCCCUGUAAUUAGAGAACCCUCAAUUCCUGACCGAGGUGCUGAAAAGAUUGAGACUCUCAUCAUGGAAGUGGAAAAUUUGAAGGCCUUGUUGCGGGCAGAAAAACAAAGAGCUGAUCAAUAUGAAAGGAAAUAUGCGGAAGCCCAGGAAUCAAAUGAAGAAAGACGUAAAAAGUUAGAAGAAACUGACGGAAUAGUUCAUCAACUUCAGGACUCCUUGAACAGGAUGAUGUCUUCCAUGUCAAGUCAAGUUUCAGAGCUGAAAAUGAUAUUGUCUACUUCAUCAAGACAGACUUCAACUUCUGGACCCGUUGAUGGGGAUGAACAGAUUGAAUUCACUUCCAGUAACUCAGAUGCUUCAUCCUCCGACUCUGAUUUCACUUUUGCAGCUCCAAUUCCAGCUUCACCAACCUUCUCUGCCACCAACUCGAGUUCCUUCCAACUGAUAGUUCAGGAUAUUUCAGCAGCAGAAUUCUCAGGAUUUGAAAGUGACAAGGAGAGGGCAUUUGAUGACUACUUCUAAUGGAACUUUUUUCUCUAUUAAAUCUAGCUUCGAUAUUAGCUAGUUUCAUAAAACUUGGGCCUUUUGGCAUUGUAGAAUAGGUACCUACUCUAAAAUGAAUUUUCACAUACGUUAUCAUAAAAGAUUGUAGAUGGACAGAUAAUCUUGUUUAGGAUGCUUAAUUAGUCAUUAGUCGGUUGUAGAUAAGUAAUGCUAUAUUAGUUCA